AAAAUGAGAAUAAAGGAAAAUUUUUCUUCAACUGAAUUUCCAUUAUUUUCCGGAAAAGUGGAAUAUAGCGUAAAUUUGGUGCCAAGUUUCUAUUUUACGUGUUCUGUUUUCUUGUGUGGGUCCAAACAAUUGACUUUUACUGCAAUUUUUUUUUUCACUAUUGAUUAAUCUUUCCUUGAAUAUAUCGUUUCAAAAAAAAUAUAUUUGGUUUUAUUUUGUUUGUAUCAGAAGAAGAGUAGUUUAUUGUAACUUCUUAGCUAAUUCUUUCUCAAUUUCCAUAAUCAGAUUUAAACUUGUUUUGAUUGACUUUCCCACAUCAUCUCCAUUUUUGUCCAUUUUCUUUGUUAUAUACUUUGCAAUGUAAACCAUGCCGUUUGUAAGGUGUGACGGUGGCUGAAUUAUUCAUAUUUGAAUUGUUCUGAUAAAACCUCUUCAAAUCUUUUGUUUCAAUCAAGGGAUUAUGUCUGAUUUCGAGAGUGAUAAUCAGUUAUGGAAGAUUUGGAGAGUAAUAAUCAGAAAACGAUGGAAGACGACUUUUACUUACUUGAAGAUACAGAUGAUUUAAAGUGGGAUAGUGAUGACAGUUUUAACGAGUUUCCAAUAUUCUCAUGCAAGUCCACAGCUAAGAAGAGUCCGGAGGACUACGCCAAACCCCCGGAACAUAUGAACAUGAAGAAGGAAGCAUCUUUAGAAGAUAUUUUGAGGGAGCAUGCUCUUCAUUUUCUCCCUGCAAAAUCACUCUGUAGAUUCAGAACAGUUUCCAAAGGAUGGGAUCUGUGGAUAAGCAAUCCAUUUUUUGCCCACAGGCAAACUACUUACUUCAAAAACAUUACUGGUCUCUUUUGUCAAGUUGCUAGUCUAAAUCCUUCUUUCAUCUCAUUUAAUAAAGAUGCUUAUGGCGUUCCUGAUCCAUCUCUGAAGUUCUUGCCUGAGCCUGUCAAUAUCAGAACCUCUUGCAACGGUCUGCUUUGUUGCCAAAGUUUUGUGGACAAUGUCUACUACAUUUGCAACCCUGUGACCAAGGAAUGGAAAAUGCUUCCUAAGCCAAGCUUGUAUCAUGGAGCUGAGGCAGCCAUUGUACUUGCUUUUGAGCCACAUCCACUAAAAUUUAAUGAAUCAUAUGAGCUUGUCUGUGCUGUUACUUUUCCUGAUCAUCCGGUUGUCUAUUUUGAGAUUUAUUCAUCGAGGUCAACCUCUUGGAGAGUGUCUGACACGAUAUGCUGUGAGCUUGAUAGUUGGGAAUUGCAUAAUGGUGGAUACUACAUGAAGGGAGUUGUCUAUUGGGAAUCCUCUUCCGGUGUCAUUCUUGCCUUUGAUUUGAACGAUGAGCAAUAUGGGAUUCUGCCACUUCCUCUCACCGGUGGUCAAUUUGGUGCUUUAACUAUGAUGCAUGGGGAGUUGUGUUACAUUCUGCCUCAUCUUCAAGAUGAUGACUGCACUAUAUACAUUCACGGGAAUAUGGAUAUGAGCCUGAAGUCUGUAAUCAAUCUUACCUGUGAUAAUGUGGGGAGCAAAUUUGGUUUCUGCAGGGCUUUGACCUGCAUUAAUGACGACAUUCUGAUACUUGCACUUGGGAGGAAGGUGAUUGCUUAUCAUGUGAGAGAACAAAAGAUGGAACUGAUAUGCACAUCGGAUGGUGGUGCAUGUACUAGGUAUCUUCCCUAUGUGAACAGCCUCGUAUCAGUGAGGCAUCCAUUGGUUCGAGACAGGGCUUAAUUGUCUGGACAGUCUUUCUCAAAGUGUCAUGUAAUGUGUUAUUGUUGGUUAAAUGGUGAGGUCACUGAAGUACAUGCUUAAUCAAGCCUCACCUUUACUUUCUCUUAAACAAGAUAUUUGUUUUUAGGAUACCUUUUUUUUUUUUUUUUUUUUUUUUCAGUUUGGUCUUGAAACUGAAAAUUUCUGAAGUUCUAGCUCUUAAAGUAUGGAUUGCAGCACGAGUGGUUUCUUCUUCCAUGUGUCAUUUGUCCAUGACAGUGUGAAUUCCCUUUUAUGAUACAGAAAUGGAGCAACAAAAUGUGACAAUUUUUUGAAUCAUACAAGCCUACAAGUGUUAUAAUAGGCAAGUCGGUCCAAGUUUGAACAUUUCAUCUUCCUAGUUGGUCCGACACAAAAAUUUUUAUGGUCUAUGAUGGAAUCAAUAAUCGAAUUCAUGAUAAUUAUUUUUGUAAACAUUUUGUGGAUUAAA